UUUUGGCGUGAAGACGAAUGUUGAUGUCUCGGCUGGACGAGCCCCUCAUAAUCGUCCGAAAUAACCAUUGAUACAUCACUUACGGAUGACUGACACUUGAUACAGAGCAUCGACGUUAAUCAUGGAUGAGGAUCGCGAAUACGAGGGUUUGUCUUCCUCGACAGAUGAGUUGUUAAAAACACAAUUUCCAUUGCACCAAGCUUGUCGAGACGGUGACCUAGAAACUCUGUCGAGCUUACUUUCGUCUGGCAACUACAAUUUAUAUGAAGAAGACGGUCUGUAUGGAUGGACACCUGUCCAUUGGGCAGCUCAUUUCGGAAAGUUGGCUUGUUUGAGAAAAGUGACAUCUUUAAGUAAUGAUGGUACUCUCUGUCACCACCCUACCUCACACUUUCGACAGACCCCUCUGCAUUUGGCGUCUCUCAGAGACCAACCCCAUUGUGCUCAAUGGAUAAUUCAAACUGGAGCUAAUAUUGAAGUUCAGGAUUACCUAGGUGAGACGCCCAUUCACAAAGCUGCCAGGACAGGAAGCAUGGAGUGUGUCAGUCUACUUGUCUCACAGGGAUGUAAACUUAGUAUCAGAAACCACAAUAACCAGACCCCUAGCCAGGUUGCAGCAGAGUCUGGAUACCAGGAAUGUGCCAACUAUUUAGAGAGAGCCACUCAGAUGCAGCAACAAGCUGAGGGUGUGUACAAUGAGCUGAGAAUGCCAGUAACCCAGACCAAUCCAAGCAAUUCUAACAUGAUUCCAAAUGGUGUUGGUGGAAACCGAACUGAAACUGUAGCAGAUCCCUGUUUCAUCAUGCAAGGAUUGAAUGGAGGCAUAGUUCCAAGUGCUGCAGGGGAGGGCAGCAUGGACGACUGUGAUAUGGCCGAAUCAAUGGAAGAUGGCUGCAUACAAGGAGAUGCUGCCAUGUUCUUAAGAGCAGGCGUAAAAAGGGGACGAGAUGAUUUGGAAGAGGAGUGUUUUAAGCGAAUGAGAAGGGCUGGUCCAGUCCUGGACAAUGCAUGCAUCAGUUGCCCACCUGAAGAACCUAUAGCAAAAGACUACUGUAACCAUGUUGAAAAGAAUUUCCUGCACCUUAAUCAUGAUACAAUCAGGCAGGGAGUCAAUAAUAACUAUGAAAGCUCCAUGUUCAGCUCAAGUGCAUUAGAAUACUAUAGUUCAAUCUCCGUACAGCAGGGAUAUGAGAAUAUAUGCUUUGACUCCCUCAUUUUCGAUGCACAUGGGUCAUGACAUGUUGCAAGCUUGGUCUUCAUGGUUCACAUAAUUUUUCUUUAAAGUCUGUAUUCAUUGUGUUUACAUUAGUCACAAGGAGUGAAAACAUCAAUUAUGUAACUUUUUUCCAUUCAUAACAAGAAAAUAAUAGACAGAUGCAUUCUAUGCAUGUACUUCAAUGUAUUACAAACAAUGAAAUUUUGAAUCUGUAACUAAAUUAUUUCAAUUCUAUAUUCUUACAGCAGUAUUUGUGCUAAAUGCAUAAUAUCAAUACAUGUACAAUACAUUCAAUGCCUUUGAAGUUUGAAUUCUAUCUUUUCGUGUAUUGCAUCAAUGAAGUGUCCAAGUUUCUUUGUUAUUUUUAGGCAUCAUAAAAAUAUUUACUGAACAGGUGUCUAUGGGGUAUAUAUGUAGCACAAUACCAAAUGCUGUAAUUUUUGUCCACAAGUUUUUUGAUAUUAUCAUCAUGAUAAAAAGUCUAGACAUCCUGAUAUUGUCAUCAACAAAACCGAUAUUACUGCUUGCUGUAACUUGCCAAAUUUAUGUACAGAUUUAUCACAGGAUUUUGCACGUCAAUGCCGAUUAUUUCCAUCUGUGGGAACAUUGUGGGAGCUUAUCCUAGCUGUAGAUUACCAGGUAUUCUUGUUACUUUGAAAUUGCUCUAUUAUAUAUUGGUAAAGCCCCACUUACUUGAACCCACAUUACUCAAAUAUCCCUUAAUCCUCGAACUGUUCUCUUGGUCCUGACCAUGACCUUAUAUGUUCUUUGUUGAUUAUUCAAGCUGUUAUUUAUCACCCUUCAUAUCUAAAGUUUAAAAUAAUACUUUUUUGUCGACCAGGUGCCUCACCUGACAAUUCUCACUUGUGUCACACAUUGCUGCGUCAGAUUUCGGGGUACCAUAGUCGAUCUCAAUCAUGUAUACCGUAGUAAUGAUGGCAUGUUUACAUAGGCUAGGCUACCUAAUUGAAAGUGUCAAUUAAACCACAAAUAUCAUAUUUAUUGAUUUAAGGAUUACUUUCUAAUAAUUAAGUUUGUAUUGUUUUUAGACAUGAUAACAAUUCCUGUACAAAUUGAAGUUACAUUUCAGUGAAAACCUGAAUUAUGAUGUGACAAUAUUCAGUAGCGGUAAUAGAGAAUUAUACUCUAUAUGGUACUCUAUAUGAAUGUGUAUUGUAAUAUUUUCUUCGCAAAUUUGAAAGGACUGAUUUAGUGCUUAAUGGAUAUUGUACAAUAGUGAUCACUUUAAUUUCUAUUUUACAGUGUGUCAGAAAACAUCAGACACAUUUGAAUUAACCAUGAAGAGAAGUACAGUAAUUGUCACUUUUAAUUCAUCAUUGAAAAACAUAUUCAAAUAUAUCUUGAAUGCAGUACAAGUAAGAUAAAUUUGAUUGUUCAAUGUUUUAGAUGUGCAAAAUCAUGUGACGACAUUGUACAAAUAAUAACAACACUCACCUAAAGUUAGAAGCAAUGUAAAUAUAAUGUGUUCCUCUAUGUUAACCAAUGGGUUGAAGUAAACUGCCUUAGCCAUUUCAUCUCAGCUGUACUCAUUUAGGUGGAAAACCUGUUCUUCCUAUUUCUAUUUCAAUAUGUGAAUUCAUAACAUUCCAUUCAUUCUCAGUGCUAUUACCCUACUGUUAUGAUAUUAGAUAUGCCAUAAUAUACACAUACAAUGUAUAUGGAAAACAUUUUUAAAAAAACCCAGACGUUUGUACAAUCAGGAAUAAUGAUUUUUUUUUUUUUUUAAAGGAUCAAUUUAAAAACAUACCAGAAGUUUUUGAUGCUUUUGCUUACUACCUACAGAAUAUUUCAUAUUAUAAUAAUUGGUUCAAGUAUCAGUAAUAUCCUUCCAAAUGAAACUUGGUUAAUUUUUCAUGUUUCGUGCCAUUAAGCAUUGUUACAAUUUGUUUACUGUAUUAUGCUGGAUGAUCAAAAUGAUGUUUUACAAUAAUAAUAUAUCAACAUAUUUUUUUCAGUGAAUUGGUUAAUAAGUAUGUGUUCAUAUAUUGCAUAAUUAUAGUUCUUCAUAGCCUGGUAUAGAUAUAGUUCAUAAUAUGAUAAAUUAAAUGAUGGUUAAUAAUUUGAUAAUGUUAUCAUAACAAAUAGAGAGCAAUUUCAAUGACGGAAUAAUAUGAUCAUAAAAAUGUCAUUAAUAUCACUGCCAAUGUCUCAGUUAUUUACUGGCGAUUUAUGAUGACCAGGAAUAUCAUUUAUGUUCCUGUCAUGCUUAGGAAUAAUUUUUUUAUAAAUCCAACAAUCGUUUAUAACAAAAGCUAUUGUUAGGGAAUAUUUUGUGCUUUUUAUUUGCAAAAUAAUUUAAUUUACAAUUUGAAGUCAUUUCAGUAUUUGAAUUGGAAGUAUUUUACUUUAUAAGGUGCUACAUGUGUGCUUCUAGUUUUGUAACUCGUAAACUCAAUAUCAACAUCAGUUAGUAUCGGCUUCCUUUUAUUAAAGCUGCAGUUUAAAGCCUUUCUCCACACUGUUUUGUAGUUUCUCAUAUUUCUGUCAUUUAUAUUACCUUUUUAACUGAAAUCUGUUACUGUAGCCUUUGGGUCAUCAUUUACAAACACUUCAAAAUGUAUUUUUAUUGUCCUUUAGUAACCUUUCAUUUUAUUUUUUGAAAUUAAUGUUUGCAUUAAUCAUUAUAUUUCUUUUUAGCCGUCUGAAUUUAGUUUUCUGACUUUUCGAAAAUCCUUUAUUUUGAUAACUUGUGCAGUUACAGGGUAGAAAACCUGUUUUCAUGUUCAUUUAGAUUUUUUUUAUUGAUGAUAAAUCUUUUUAUAUCGAAUUCAUUUCAAAUAUCUGUCUCAUAUAAUUUGACAAUACAUAAUAGUAUUGUCACCCCUGUGUCAGAUGUGUAUGAUGUUUGUUAAAGUAUCAAGCUGUUGAUGUAUGUUGUUUAUACAUGUUCCAACUAGAAAAAUGUAAAGAGAAAUCUGCACCAUUUUACAUGUCACAAGGUGUUUUUUUUUUAUUGUUAUGCAUAUCAUUUACAUGUUUGUUUAAAAUAUAUUAAUGAAGUUUCAAUUUCUGAAUUUGUGGAUCUGUUGAGUUUAUUUUUAAAUCAAUAUCUGCUGGGCAGAAAUACUUAUCAUUCUCACAAUGUGAGGGAAUUUACUAUCUGUUGACAGUGUUUAAUAUCAACUGCUAAUAUCUAUUUUACCUUUUGGUUAUUUUAAAGAAAUCUCACUUUUCUUAAUAUCAAAUUGUAUUUUUGUCAACUCUUGUUUGUUUGUGUUAGUGUACGAUUAAUUUGACAAUUUAGUCUAUCUUGAAUAGAAGUUUGUAUGUACAUACACUAGCAUUAGUAAUUUUAUAUUUAUUAUAGUAAUGGAUUAAUCAGUUGCUGUUAAUAGUUUUUUUUCUUUUGCCUUGUAUGUCUGGUAUGGUCACGACAACAUAAGGAAGAUAUCAAAUGUGGGGUGUUUGAGAGGUCUUAUAUCCAAGUUUUAACACAUUUAAAUCCUGUUUUAGUUGAUACUUUUGUUACUAGCGUUGGAUAUUGAUAUCAGUAUAUUAUGUGAUUCUAGACUAAAAACUUUUAAUUAAUUUAUCUGUCAAUGUUAGUUUUUUUUCUGUAGAUGUUAAUUAAAUAGCAGCAGGCUUAUAAAACCCCCACCCGACUACAUGUCUGUAUAGUGUUAUCAUACAUCAUUAACAUUUUUUCUUUGCUUAAUUGAUUAUAAUAUGUCAGACAAAAACAAGUAUAUAUUUUAAGGAAUUAUGUGUCAAGUUAAAACUUGAUGUAGAGGAGUUUCAUUAUAACAAAUGAUCCAUUUCAUAAUGUCAUCAACUCAUCCUGAUGUCAUAACUCCAUCACCCAAGACAAAUUGACAUUUGAAUCUCUCAGCACUCACAAAUGCAGUUUGAUCCUUGUGUUCUCUGUGUAACAUACUAACAGAGGAUGAUGAAGCUCUUCAUGAAUGUAGGCAAAUUUUCUUAAGGAAUCAGUUAACUUUUUUAUUUCGAACAUUAGAUAGUAUCAUUGAUUUUGUAUAUGAAUUGUAUAUAUACAUGUAUAUAUUUUUUCAAUAUCCUGCCCAAGAUGGAUAUGUGUGAUAUGUUCUGUACAUAAUGUGUUUUUAAAUGGCUGUAAGCAUUAUAUAUACAUAGUUUAGUUUUAUUACAUUUAUAAAAUGUAAUGUUUGAGAUAUGUAUUAAUUUCCUUUUUAUAUAGCUGUAUGUUAAAACAAGGCUACAUGUUUUUCCCCACUGCUUUAUCAGUAUAGAUUGUGUUUGGUUUACGUUUUCCUCCAAUGCCCGCAGGUCAACCAUGUCGUGGUUGAAUGGUGGUAAUGAAGUCAUGGAAAGUUUAUUCUUUACCUGGUCCAAUAAUCCAAUAUAAUAUACAGGGUCUGUAUACAAUUUAUCACGAUCAUAAAUUAUCUCCGUACAUAAACCUGGUACUAUCAUUAUUUUAUCAGUGUGACAAAAAUACUUUUAUUUCUAAGGAGGUAUAGAAAAUCUCAUGAUUUCUCUACAAUGACCUAUUGGCAGCAUUCAAAGCCACAUAUUUUUUUGUACAUUUUUGGUACAUGCGCUAAGUAUAUGUGUGUAUGCUUGAUAAUAAGCCCACCUAUGGCCACUUCAGUGAAAAUGAACCAAAUUCUUUUUGCAAUUGUUGUCCUGAAAAAAAAGCCCACCCUGUACUUAGAAUCAAGGCAUAUGUGUUAAAUUUGCCCGGCUGGCUUAUUACUGAAUAACAUCAGAUUCUGAGAUAAUGAAAAUACUUGACAAUUGAUAAGGCAUUUCUUUAGUUUUACCUCUUCCAUCUUGUGCAUAAUCGGUAAUCACCCAUCUUGGGUAUUCGGUAAUCAUCCAUCUACUGGAUGGGUAAUCAGUAAUCGUUCAUCAAGUGGAUGGGUAAUCAGUCAUAAUCCAUCUACUGGAUGGGUAAUCAGUAAUAAUCCAUCUACUGGAUGGGUAAUCAGUAAUAAUCCAUCUACUGGAUGGGUAAUCAGUAAUAAUCCAUCUACUGGAUGGGUAAUCAGUAAUAAUCCAUCUACUGGAUGGGUAAUCAGUAAUCGUUCAUCUACUGGAUGGGUAAUCAGUAAUAAUCCAUCUACUGGAUGGGUAAUCAGUAAUAAUCCAUCUACUGGAUGGGUAAUCAGUAAUAAUCCAUCUACUGGAUGGGUAAUCAGUAAUAAUCCAUCUACUGGAUGGGUUUGCAGGAUACGUAUUUUUUAGCAUUUUUACUGAAAUACAAAAAUUUGAGUGGACUCGUUUUCAGGCACUUUAUGCGCUUCCAUUCGGGUCAACAAGAGUGAUUAAUUUAAGUCGACAGCACUUCUUGCGCAAUUGUUGUAAAAUAAAUAUAAGUUUACAGGAGGGUUUUGUUUGAAUACAAUAUACACAGGAAUAGCAAAUUCUAUAUAAGAUAAAGAAAUAAUUUCUAUUUGGCUAUGGUAGUUGAUAUAAACAUAUAUUAAGUUAGUUGAUUUUAGUUUCUGCUUAACAUGCUUUUUUAUAUGCUUUUAAUGUAUUAUUAAGGAUCAAAUUGGGAAAAUGAAUAAGUGCCCAUAAUUUAUCGGGAUUGUAGAAAUAAUAGUAGCCAUCAAGUUCAUUUAUUUGAGGAUGCUUUUAAGCUUUAAAUCAAAUCAGUGUCACACUUUGAAAUUAUACCGAUGUCAACAGAUAUUUAGUUUCAUUUUGUUCAAUAGUAUUUGUACACCAUUUUUAUUAAUGUCCUGUUUCUUACAAGUCUUUAAGAUCGGGAUGUCAUACAGAACAAAGUACAAAAUUUGUAUCCCCAUGUGUCUUCAACAUUAAAGUUUUCAUUUUGAAUAAUAUAUAAUAGUAUGGCCCAGUAACACAGCAAUACUUCAAAACUGUAUCUAGCCCAGUAACACAGCAGUACUUCAGUACUGUAUCUGGCCCAGUAACCCAGCAGUACUCCAGAACUGUAUCUGGCCCAGUAGCACAGUAGUACUUCAGUACUGUAUCUGGCCCAGUAACCCAGCAGUACUUCAGAACUGUAUCUGGCCCAGUAGCACAGCAGUACUCCAGAACUGUAUCUGACCCAGUAACACAGCAGUACUUCAGAAUUAUACCUACCCAGUAACCCAGCAGUACUUUCGAUCAGUAUUGAAUAUGGCCCAGUAACACAGCAGUACUUCAGUACUGUAUCUAAUCUGGCCCAGUAACACAGCAGUACUUCAGAACUGUACCGACCCAGUGACACAGCAUUACUUUCGAUCAGUAUUGAUUCUGGCCCAGUAACACAGCAGUACUCCAGAACUGUAUCUGGCCCAGUAACACAGCAGUACUUCAGAAUUAUACCUACCCAGUAACCCAGCAGUACUUUCAAUCAGUAUUGAUUCUGGCCCAGUAACACAGCAGUACUUCAGAACUGUACGACCCAGUGACACAGCAUUACUUAGUACUGUAUCUGUAAACUUUGUGUAUGACUGACUUAAUAACCUUUGACAGGAUAAACUGUUCUCAGAAUUGUCUUAAUGUACACUUUUUCUGCUGUUUUAUUACGUUAUAUAUUAAUUAUAUUGUUACGGAAAAGUGAAAGCAAUGUUGUAGUAAAGUGCAAUUUAGCUCUUUUUUA